AGUCUGAACCGACACUAUGUGGCUUUUGCCGAUCGAGACUGUGACAACUAUGUCAUCCAGAACCCUGGGUUCUACCACUGGAGAGAUGGGGGUGAGAAGCACAUCAAUGAUCCCCUCAGUAUUGCAAACUUGCAGGAUGCUGCCAAGAACAAGAACAAGGGUGCCUAUGAGAAGUUUAAGGAGUCAACACUGGAAGCUGUUCGAGCCUGCACCCUCCGUGGUCAGUUGGACUUGAAAACUCUGGAUGACCCGCUGGAUCUAUCACUUGUAGAGCCAGCCUCAGAAAUUGUCAAGCGAUUUGCCACAGGUGCCAUGAGCUUCGGCAGCAUCUCCAUAGAGACCCACACCACUCUUGCAAAGGCUAUGAACAGGGUGGGAGCCAAGAGCAAUACCGGGGAGGGGGGUGAGAACCCUGAACGGUACCAGGACCAGCCCAUAGACAACAGCACCAGGUCAGCUAUCAAACAGGUUGCCUCAGGGAGGUUUGGAGUGACUAGCGACUACUUGGCACACUCUGAUGACCUCCAGAUCAAAAUGGCCCAGGGAGCAAAACCUGGAGAGGGAGGGGAACUUCCUGGUCACAAGGUGUCCAAAGACAUCGCCAAAACUCGUAAAUCAGUCCCGGGUGUUGGACUUAUCAGCCCCCCACCCCAUCAUGACAUCUACUCCAUUGAAGAUCUGGCUGAGCUCAUCUACGACCUGAAGGCGGCCAACCCACGCGCCCGCAUCAGUGUCAAGCUGGUGUCAGAAGUGGGAGUGGGAGUGAUUGCUGCUGGUGUUGCCAAGGGAAAAGCGGAACAUAUCACGAUUUCUGGUCAUGAUGGGGGAACUGGAGCGAGCAGCUGGACAGGUGUGAAGCAUGCCGGGUUGCCAUGGGAACUGGGAAUCGCUGAGACCCACCAGACACUGGUCAUGAAUGACCUGCGGUCAAGGGUAUGCCUACAGACUGAUGGACAGAUAAGGACAGGUCGAGAUGUAGUGAUCGGAGGUCUGCUGGGUGCAGAUGAGUUUGGCUUCUCCACUGCUCCUCUCAUCACCUUGGGAUGUACCAUGAUGAGGAAGUGUCACCUCAACACCUGUCCUGUGGGUGUAGCAACACAGGACCCAGUGUUAAGAGCCAAGUUUGCAGGGAAGCCUGAAUAUCUGGUAAACUAUCUGUUCUACCUGGCUGAAGAGGUGCGUGACUUGAUGGCCAAGGUGGGGUUCCGAACCUUUCAGGAGCUUAUUGGUCGCACAGACAUGCUCAAAAUGGUGGAGAAGCCGAUGAAUGAAAAAUCGGCAUUGUUGGAUUUCGAGCCUAUCCUCAAAAAUGCACUUGACCUGCGACCUGGCAUCAACAUUGUGGCAGGCAGCAUUCAGCAGGACUUUCAACAAGAGAAGAGACUGGAUAACAAACUUGUUGAGGAGGCCAGUGAUGUUCUGGAGGGGAAGAAGCCCACAGUUGACAUCCGAAUGGACAUCCAGAAUGAAGCCAGGGCAUUUGCCAGCACCUUGAGCUACAACGUCUCCAUGAAGUAUGGUGAGAAGGGUCUUCCAGCAGGCAGCAUCAACAUCUACCUGAAGGGCUCAGCUGGGCAGAGCUUCUGUGCCUUUUUGGCACAUGGGGUUCGUGUGGAGCUGGAGGGAGAUGCCAAUGACUAUGUGGGAAAGGGCCUGUCAGGAGGAGAGGUGGUUAUCUAUCCCCCAUGUAGUCUCCCUGAGGAUUUUGUCUCCACAGACAACAUCAUUGUUGGUAAUGUUGUACUGUAUGGAGCCACAUCGGGCAAGGCCUUCUUCAGAGGACAAGCUGCUGAACGCUUCUGUGUCAGGAAUUCUGGGGCGACAGCUGUUUGUGAGGGUUGUGGAGACCAUGGGUGUGAGUACAUGACAGGAGGGAGGGUCAUCAUCCUGGGACUGACCGGCAGGAACUUUGCAGCAGGCAUGUCAGGAGGGCUGGCCUAUGUACUAGACACCGAAAAAACAUUCCGGACCAAAUGUAACCUAGAGCAGGUCUCACUGGACCCUGUGGAGGAAGGAGAAGAUGUCAGAUUUCUCCAGGACACCAUCAAGGAGUUCCAUGAAGUCACAGGUUCUGUCAUUGCCCAGAGUGUGCUUCAGAACUGGGCUGCUUACCAGCCUCAGUUUGUCAAGAUAUUUCCCCACGAGUAUCGUAAGGCACUGGAAAAGCUGAAAGAGGAGGAAGCCAUGCAGGUUGUUGUUAAUGAUGACAACAAGCUGGUGAAUGGUACCAAUGGCAAUGGAGCACCAGAAAAGGGUGUGCAGGAAUCUCCUGAGGCUAGGAAGAAGCCCAAGAUGGAGCCUGGAGUUUUAGACAUUGAGGACACCAUCCCAGAUGCCGAGAUGGACACCAAGAACCAGAAGAGGGUUAUGGAGAAGUUGGACAAGGUUCGAGGCUUUGUGAAGUAUGAGAGGAACACAGAGGCCUACCGCAAUGUCAAACAGAGGCUCAACGAUUGGAAGGAGAUCUAUAACCACAAGGGUGUACGCUCCCAACUCAAGGUGCAAGCAGCGAGAUGCAUGGACUGUGGAGUUCCCUUCUGCCAGUCUCACAGUGGCUGUCCAUUGGGCAAUGUCAUCCCCAAGUGGAACGACCUGGUCUUCCAUGACCAGUGGAAGGAGGCACUGGACCGGCUGCUCCAGACAAACAACUUCCCAGAAUUCACUGGGAGGGUCUGCCCUGCCCCUUGUGAGGGUGCCUGUGUUUUGGGGAUUAAUGCCAAACCUGUGACGAUCAAAAAUAUCGAGUGUGCAAUCAUCGACCAUGCAUUCGAGCAGGGCUGGAUGUUGCCCCACCAGUACCCGUCUACUGGGAAGAAAGUGGCCAUUGUUGGAAGUGGUCCGGCUGGCCUGGCUGCAGCUGCACAGCUGUGUAAGGCUGGACACCAUGUGACAGUGUAUGAGAGAAAUGAUCAGAUUGGUGGACUGUUGCGCUACGGUAUCCCGACCAUGAAACUGAGCAAGGAGGUGGUCCAACGUAGGGUGGACUUGAUGGCUGAGGAGGGUGUGGUCUUUGUUACCAACACACAGAUUGGAAAAGAUCUGCCAGCAAAGACACUGCUGGACGACAACGAUGCAGUCCUUCUGUCUUGUGGAGCCACAUGGCCACGUGACCUACCUAUUCCAGGCCGGAAACUGCAAGGAAUUCACUUUGCCAUGAGUUUCCUGGAGAAAUGGCAGAAGAAGCAGCAUGGAAACACUACCAUCAGUCCCAUCAUGGCCAAGGACAAGGAUGUGCUGGUCAUUGGAGGUGGAGACACAGGCGUGGACUGUAUUGGCACUGCUCUUAGACAGGGUGCCAAGACUGUGACAACAUUUGAGAUCCUCCCUGAGCCACCGAAGGAGCGGGCAGCCAGCAACCCAUGGCCACUGUGGCCCCGCGUGUUCCGCGUGGACUACGGUCACGAGGAGGUUAGACUGAAGUAUGGAAAGGACCCUCGGCACUUUGAGAUACUCAGUAAGGAGUUCCUGGAUGAUGGUGAGGGUAAUGUGGCAGGUGUGCGUACUGUCAAGGUGCAAUGGGUUCGUGACGAGGCUGGCAGGUGGCAGAUGAAAGACGUGCCUGACAGUGAAAAGGUCUUCAAAGCCGACCUCAUCCUGCUGGCUAUGGGUUUUCUGGGGCCUGAGAACACCAUUGCUGAUGAGCUGGGGGUGGACCUGGACCCACGCUCAAACUUUGACACCUCUAGUGCUCCAUACAAGUGCAACAUUCCCAAGCUGUAUGCUGCUGGAGACUGUAGGCGUGGCCAGUCCCUGGUGGUAACUGCCAUCUCAGAGGGCCGGCAGGCGGCCAGGCAGAUUGACCUUGACCUGAUGGGCUUCACGUCGUUGGCUGGACCAGGGGGUGUGGUCACCGCCACCAAAAUCAAGGACACAAUCUGCUGUUGAAGAAAUCAUUGGAAGGAAUGUUACUUUGUUAGUACAAAUUGUAUAACAAAAGGGAAUUGUUUUAGAUACGAGUAAUUUUUUUUUCCAAUCUUAAGAUUUCAUUAAAAUCUGUAGAUGGACACAGGGCUCAAAAUACUGGGUGCAUGUGCACCCAAUUUUUUUUUUGUGGGUACACUGAUGCACCCAAUAUUUUCAUAUCUUUCAUACAUGUAUGUAUGAUUGUAAAGAUAUUAAAUUUAUACCAAUAAUAUACAGCAUAUUCUUGACAUCCAAGUGUCAGAAAUAUUUGUUGUUUAAGAUUAUUUUAAAUGGUGCACCCCAAAAUUUUUUAGGUUGGGUGCACCAGUGCACCUAUUCCAAAAAAAAAAUGAAUUUCCAACCCCAAUACCUGUUUGUCCUUAGGCUUGAUAUUCUUCUUGUUGAGAUUUCUCACUGUACAAUACCAAGUUGCUGGAGUUGACCUAACCUGGUGGUUGGGGUGAUUGGGAUCCAUCAUGUAUUAAAAUGUGACUUCAAAAUAUUGAAUGCAUAAAGUAGAAUCCUCAGUCUGGUCAAUGUGAUGUAAACUAAAAAAACUACUUCAUAGACUUGUACUUCAUCGACACUUGUACUAUGAUAUUAACAUUGCUCAAGGUUAUCUGUACUACAUGUACAUGUAGAAAGAAGUAGAUAAUACUUUAGUGAGAGUAGACAGACAGUAGGUGUCAGUUGCUGCCGAAGGCUUCCAAGUUACGAGUAUGUAGAUGUAAAUGGAAAAGCUGUAUGUCAACUUUAUGUACAAUCACUGUACAAUUAUAUACAUGUAAUAAUGACAUGCAUAUUAUAUACAGAGAAUACAACACGGUGUAUUCCGUAUCACACGAGGUACCAGCCCAAAUGUGGGUCGGAUUCUUUGAGUAGAGCCAAAAAUGUCUAUAAAACGUCUAACGGACAUUAGACAUGAUUUAGACAUUGCUGAACAAAGGCCAGUCGGGAGAACAUUCAGUAGACAUAGUUACUGAAAAACGACAUCGAAAUAACCCAAGGUGGACAUUUUAUAUCCAUAGUCUCUUCACACGUCAGGUAGGGACACCCCUUGGAGACAGUCCUUUGUUUAGCACAAUGCGCACUUAUAAAGAUAUUAGCAUCUGUCUAUUAAUUAAUGGUGUCCUACCCUAUAAAUUGUCUUGGCUUUGUGCAGUGCUUUUCAUAUGCAUGCCAGUUUUCACACUUUUGUUCUGAAGACAUUCUGACAGACACCUCAUGUACAAUGGAAAACACAACAAGCAAGUCCUCCCCAAAAAGACCCUGUAAAGACCUGGGAAAAGCAUUCUUACAAAUGUUUAAAAAAUGUGCAGACGUUUUAUAGACAUUUCUGGCUCUACCAGUGAAAUUCGACGGGAGAUACACCCCCAACAGUAGGAAUGGCAGGGUCCAUGUUGUAUUUUAUGUGUCAUACCAGCCCAAGAUAACCCACAUUUCAAUCUGAAAUGUGCCUGAAUUUGGGGAAUUUUGUGUCCCUAAACAAAAAAGGUAACAACUUGAAAAGUAAUUCUAAAUUAAAUGUCCAAAUCCAAUUUUGGAAUUUUGCAGAACACACAAAAUGUUCAAAUUACUCUAUAUAAUGGAACUUAAAAAGGCCUGUGUGAUACUGUUAGAACCCUGUGUGAUAAUUAAAAUAACUGUGUGUUAGUUUUCGCAGGGGCCCAAAACACCUGUACCAAGGCCACACCAAUGCGAUUUGUUGGUUCUCGGAUUUGUUCAGAAAAAAAAUGAAGUGACAGGGUGAGAUAAAAACCAGACCUAUAGGCAUCCUAUAAUAGUCCAAAAUGCUCCAUGAAUGAUAGGAGCUAUGAAGUCAACAUACCAGGCUGGUUGUAAUUCAAACAAUGAAUUUCAAACUUUUAAUCAAACCACUGCAUUGAUAGAUGGAAAAACUGUACAGUAACAACUCCGAAGAGACUUCCUUCUACUGUGAGCAUUUUGGAGUUGAUUCAGAAGCUGAUAUGUUUUUUUUUUUGGCAAAUCAGAAGAAAUGGAAGUGGGUGAUACAUGAACCAACAAAUAAAAAAUGGUGUGGCCUUAUCAUAUACUACAUGUAGUAUUAUGCAGCACUGACCACGGUCAUUACAACUACAUUAAUCCAAACAAUGUAUUCUUCACUCAACAUUUGUGGUACAUGUACAUGUAUAAUUAUGUGUUAUCUGUAUAGUACUGCAGGCAAUGUCAACAUGGCUUUAAGCGUACUAAAUCUACUAAAAGUCAUAAUGUUUGAAAUAACAGUUUACAGAUGAGCUGAAAAAAUCAAGCUGUAAUUCUAGAUUGUUAGGAAGCAGUGCAUUUGAAUCUGAAUAAUGUUGAUGUGUGCAGUGUGCAUCAUGCAUUGGUAUCCUGUCUGUGGUGGUACAUGUAGGUUAUUAAGAAUAUGGAGGGUUCACUACAGCUUGGUGCGGAUAAUGGUGGUAAACGUAGGAAGUUUGUCAUUAAGAAAAUAAACUGGUGUGACUAAGCAGA